AUGAAUUCAACAGAUUCAUCAUUUCAAACUUGUUUAAACUUGUUAUCAAGUAAAGUUGAUGAAGAGAAAUUUGUUGGAAUCAUAUUGGUAAAGAAUUUAAUAAAACCAAAUGACUAUAAGUCAUUAAGUAAAGUAUAUUCUUCAUUAGGUUUAGAUUUCCUUUAUAGAUUAUUACAAACUCCAAAAGUACCUGGUGUCGAGUCUAUUUCAUAUGUAAAUUUAUCAAUUGCAAUACUUUCAACAUUUUGUACAGUUCAACAACCAUUAGAAGGGGAAGAAGAAGAGGAUGAUAAAAAUGAUACAAAACGAACUGAUAAUAGUAAUAACAGCAAUGAAAAUAAUAAUAAUAAUAAUAAUAAUAAAAGAGCAAAUUUUGAUGAUGAUGGUAUUACAGCAUCAAAUGAUCAACAGGUAAAAGUUUCUGAUACAAUAUCAGCAACAACAACAACAACAACAGCAACAACAGAAAAUUCAAAACCAAUACCGACACCUAAAACUUCAAUUUUAUUUAAUAUCCUUUAUCAUCCGUUAACCGUUCAAAUAGUUCCAAUGAUUUUAAAACGUUCAAUUGAAAGUGAGUCAUCAAAUGUAGAUUUAUUAUAUGAAUCAGUUCAAACUUUAUAUUCAUUAUGUUUAUUUGAAAAUACACUUAGAGAGGAACUAAAGGUAUUAAAAAAGAACUCUUCUUCAAAAACAAAUGUUUCUUCUUCAAAUUUAAAUAAUAAUUGUAAUGGUGAUAAUAGUAAUAGUAGUAGUAGUAAUAACAAUAAUAUAAUUAAAGAGAAAUCAAAUAAGUCUGAUAAUGAUAAAACAGAGGCAAUAUCUUCGAAAACAAAUAAAUAUAAUUCAGUUUUAGAUACAUUAUCAAGUGUAGAGAAUUUAAGAUUAUUGUGUGACUUUAUUUUAUAUAUUCAUAAUAUCUCUAAAAAGUUUACAACUAUAAACACAAAUAAUACAAGUAAUCCUAGUGUUCAAGUAAAAGAUGAUGACGAUGAUAUCGUCGAGGAAGUAGAGGCGAAAUUAGUAGUUAAAGAUAGUGAUGAUGAAGAUAUUACAGAAGAAGAAGAAGAUGAUGAUGACGAAGAUGAUAGCAGUUAUGAGGACGAAGAUGAUAGUGAAGAAGAAUAUUCAGAUUCAUCAGAAUUAGAUUCAGAGGAAGAAGAAAGAAUAGCACAAAAAAAGAGAGAGCAAACAAUUAUUGUAUUAUCAAAUACAUUUCAAUUGACUAUAAACUUAGUGUUGUUGGUUGUUUACAAUAUUCAAAGAAAAUCAUUACCAUUAUCUUCAACAAUAUUACCAUCGUUACUUAAUACAAAUAAUAUUAAUAAUAUUAAUAAUAAAAAUUCAAAUUCAACAACAACUACAACAACCACAACAACAACUACAACAACAACUUCUACUACUACUUCAAAUAAUACUACUACUAUAACAGAUGAAGUAACUAAUGAUAAUAAUAAUAAUGAAUCUAUAAAUGAAAAUAGUAAUAAUAAUAAAAAAAAGAAAAAUAAAUCAAAUAGUAGUAGUAAUGAAAAGAAUAAUAGUAGCCGGCCAAACAGAAACAAUGAUUUAAUUCUAAUUGAACCAUUAUCAAUUAUUUUUAGGGAAAGAUUCGAUGAAUUUAAAUUUUCAAUUCUAUCAAUACUCAUACCAAUCUUUACUCAUCAUCAAGAUAUUACAACUCAAUCUUUUAUUUCACUAUUUUCAUCUGUAAAUAAUUUAAUAACAACUCAAAACAAAUCAAAUGAAAUUAAUAAUGAUAAUGAAAAUAAUAAUAAUAAUAUUAAUAAUAAUAAUUCAAAACAAAAACAUAGUGAUUUAAAUAAUAAUAAUAAUAAUGAUAUUAAUUUUGAAGAAGAUUUUGAAGAUUUUAGUGAUUUUAAUAAAAAGAUAAUAAAUGAUAGAAUAAUGUCAUGGAGGGAUAAUUUAAUGAUUGGAUUGUAUUCAAUAUUUUCAAGUAAGAAAUUAAAACAGGAAUGGAGAAAUAAUUCAAUCAUUUUCUAUUCAAUGUUAUUGGAUGUUUUAGGUGGUAAAUGGUUAUUCAUGAAAUCAUCAGACCAACUCAAUCAAUUAAUGAUUUCAUCAGAGAAGUUCUUAUUAUUAUCUUUACAAAUGAUUAGAUCUGAAAUUCAUAUGAUCCUUUUACUUGAAGAAGUAAUUAGUAAACAAAAUGAAUCAUUAUUAUCUUCUUGUUAUCUUUCUAUUGAAAAUACAGUUUUAUUCUUAACAACUUAUUUUGAUGAUAGUAAUACUUUUAAUUCAAAUGUGACAAUUGAAGCAUCAUCAUUAACACCAACACCACCAACAACAUCGCCAUCAAAUAAUAAUAAUAAUAAUAAUAAAAUUAAGAAAUCAAAUAUUGCAAUAUUUUCAAUUGAUACAUUUGGUAAAAUCAAUGAUAUUUUAGUUGAAUCAAUAUCAAUUAUAUUGAAUUAUUUAAAACAAGUUGCAGAGGAAACACCAGAGGUUAAACCAAAUCAAUUGGUGAUUGGUAGUGUCAAAUUAUUAGGGUUAUGGAUUGCAGAGGAAACUAAAUCAAUGUCUUCAAACUUAAAGUUAUCACUUCAUUUCAUAUUGCAAUAUCUUUUACAAUACCGUGACGAAUUUGGUUAUUAUCUUUGUUUCCUUUUGCCUGGUAUAGCAUUCUAUAUUGAUGAUCAAGAGUGCAGAGAAUCAUUUUUCAAUAAUCAUUGUCAUUUAAGAAUUGCAAAUUAUAUGUCAUUCUAUUUAUCAUCUUUAAUUGAUUUCGUCAAAGAUCCAUCAUUGAAAUCUGAUCCUAUCAUUAAUAAUCUUAGGGAUUAUGGUGUAUCUGCUGAUAUAACAGUUAAUAUUAUAAUACCAAGAGCUUGCGAAAUUAUUACUUCUUAUUUAAAUGAUUUAUCAAUUCAAAAUGGUUGUUCAAACAAUAAUAAUAAUAAUAAUAAUAAUAAUAAUAAUAAUAAUAAUAAUAAUAAUAAUAAUAAUAAUAAUAAUAAUAAUAAUAAUAAUAAUAUGGUUGGUAGUAUUGGUGGUGGGUUCCCUGGUACUACUACAAGAACAGCUUUCUUACAAUUAUUAAUUGUUUCAAUUGAAUGUAUAAAUCAAUUAAGUAAUAGUUUACCAAAUAAUAAUAAUAAUAAUAAUAACAACAACAAUAAUAAUAAUAAUAAUAAUAAUAAUAAUAAUAAUAAUAAUAAUAAUAAUAAUAAUAAUAAUAAUCAAAAUAACAAUAAUAAUCAAAAUAUUGAUGAAAAUGAUAUUGAAAAUAUUCAAAACAUUAAUAAUAAUAAUAAUGAAAAUGAAAAUAAUAAUAAUAUUAAUACCAAUAAUAAUGAAAAUAAUAAUAAUAAUGUUAUAAAUAAUGAAAUUAUAACAUAUCAAUUUUUAAUUGGUACUUUAAUGACAUUAUCAUUUGGAAUUUUAAAGAAUUUAGAUGAAAAGGAUAUUUUAGCAUUACCACAGGGCGAGGAGUUAUUGAAUAAAUUAUUUAUUUCAAGUAUUAAAUUUUAUAUUGAUGUUCAAGUUCCACCUAAUCCAAUGAAUGAAACUUAUCAAAUCGUUUGGGAUACAAUAAAAGAUGAAUGGGUUUGUGGUUUAGAAUUAAUGGUACAAAUGAUUGAUAGAUUUAAACAAUUUUCAACUUGUUUACAAAUUAAAAGAUGGCCUCCAACUGAUCUAAGAUUAUCUUCUUCUCCUUUACUAUCUUUAGAACAACAUACUCUUUCUCAAGUUAAUAGAAAUAUUGCAACUUUAAUUAGAUGUUUUUUAAGAAAAAUGCUUGAAACAAAUUCAUCUCAACUUUAA